GCAGCGCCGCGCGCAGUGCCGCUUGGGCCGGGCCGGGCCGGGCCGGGAGUGGGGCCGAGCCGAGCGGGCCGCACCGCGCCGGGACCAGCUGCCUCCGCCGCGCCGUCCCUGCCGCCGGGACAUGGAAGGCGUGCGGCCUGGCGGGGGUCCUCCCGCCGGCGGACCGGGGUCAGGCUCGGGGUCGGGGUCCGGCUCCGGGUCCGGGUCCUUCCCGUCGCUCUUCCCGCCGGGGCUGCACGGGAUCUACGGCGAGUGCCGCCGCCUCUACCCCGACCAGCCCAACCCGCUGCAGGUCACAGCCAUCCUCAAGUACUGGUUGGGAGGACCUGAUCCCCUGGACUAUGUUAGCAUGUACAGAAACCUGGGAAACCCAGCGCUGAAUGUUCCUGAGCACUGGCAUUACAUCAGCUUUGGGUUAAGUGACUUGUAUGGAGACAACAGAGUACAUGAGUUUACAGGAACAGAUGGACCAAGUGGUUUUGGAUUUGAGUUGACGUUUCGACUAAAGAGAGAAACCGGGGAGUCGGCACCACCUACCUGGCCAGCAGAACUAAUGCAAGGCUUAGCCAGAUACGUCUUCCAGUCAGAAAACACCUUCUGCAGUGGUGACCAUGUGUCGUGGCACAGCCCUUUGGACAACAGUGAAUCCAGAAUCCAGCAUAUGUUACUGACAGAAGACCCUCAGAUGCAGCCGGUGCAGACUCCUUUUGGGGUUGUUACGUUCCUACAGUAUCUCUCUUUUCAUUUAUUCCAGAUUGUUGGGGUUUGCACUGAGGAACUGCAUGCGGCUCAGCAGUGGAAUGGGCAAGGGAUCUUGGAACUGCUUCGGACGGUCCCAGUAGCUGGAGGCCCCUGGCUGAUAACAGAUAUGCGAAGAGGAGAGACAAUAUUUGAGAUUGACCCACAUCUGCAACAGGAGAGAGUGGACAAAGGGAUUGAGACAGAUGGCUCAAACCUGAGUGGAGUGAGUGCCAAAUGUGCCUGGGAUGACCUCAGCCGGCCGCCGGAGGAUGACGAAGACAGCAGGAGCAUUUGCAUUGGGACCCAGCCGCGGCGGCUCUCUGGGAAAGAUACGGAGCAAAUCAGGGAGACUUUGCGGAGAGGGCUUGAGAUUAACAGUAAACCUGUUCUACCUCCGAUAAAUGCACAAAGACAGAAUGGGUUGAACCACGACCGAGCACCCAGCUGCACAACCCCCUACCUGAAGCCUGAGUUGCAGGAAUGGCUGGUCCCUGGUGUUUGCCUCCUGGAAGAUCAAUACAUUUCUCCGAGGUCUAUGGUUACCAUUGUGGAAACUGAUAGGUAGCCUGUUUCUCCAUAACAGCAACUUGGUUAAGGCAAGAGAGCUGUCAGCUGUGGGUCUUGCCAGCGGUUCCUCUGGUGAUAGUUAGUAUCGGAGGGAUAGAGGAGAUCUCCUCAACUUAAAACAGCAGUAUGUCCUAAUACUUCCUUCCUCUAUGUUACUGACGGCUUUGAGAGGAGUUUGGAAAAGGUAUUUUUCUACUCAAGUGGUGGCUUCUCUUUUUCCAGUUCAUGUAGCAGAUGCAACGGGACUUGUUCAGUGCAUUGACCGUAUUGAGAGGGGUGGUUUGUUCUGGAAAUCAGUGUUUACUCACAACCUCUAACUAACUGGUACUUAAAUCAGACUUGAUUAUUACCCUUACUGUGGCUAAAACUUACCAGUCAACGUAUUUUCCAGCACAGUGCGGUACAGAGGAACCAGAAGAGGAAGAUCUUAUUAGGUCUCAGCCUUUCUUAAUACACUGUCUCAACACGUCUUAUGUGUUUGAGCAAAGUUGCUCAAUGUGCUGCUAAAUACCUGAGUAUGAUCUGAAGACUCUCAUUUCCAGCUGCUGCAGAGGGCUGUAACUUAGGAGUUCAGCUUUUGUGUGUUAGUAGUACAUCUACAUCCAUGUUCGCUAUAGGAACAGGUAGCAGGUAGCAGUGGCAAAGGCUGAGACACAAAAGGCACAGAACCCAGUAUAGAUAUAGUCAUUUCAUAAGAUUUACAAGCACCCGAGAUGAAAGACAACUCUGCAUAUAGAUCUAGUCCUUCUGGUGUGAUCCUUGCUUGGGCAUUGUAGGGCAGGAACACAGUUCUGUCCUUCACUGUAAAUCUUGUGUAAUUAAAGGCAAGUCCUUUAGCUAUUGAGCUUCAGUUCUGAAUCUAUAAAAUGGGACCAAUAACAAUGUCAUCUUUUUGAGGCACCACAAGGAUAAAUAUGUUAACGAUUACGAGGUGCUGGCUGAUGGGAAGCAGGCUUGUGUGUAAUCAUAUCCUGCACUGUACACACCAGACCAUAAAAUAUCAAACUCGUGGUUCGCUGCAAGGGUCCUGUGGAUAACUGGUGCAUUAGACGCUCCUUGGGAACUUGACAGAAAUGCUCCGUUGGGACAUGGCAAAUUGUUCCAAAGCUGCUUUCCAUAGCAAGCACUGCAGAACCCCAGGCUGUCAAAUUUGCACCCAGCUGACAUUAGGAUGUUGAAGUCUGACACAGACUCUAAUGGCUUUGUGCAGAAGAGGAAUGUGCUGUUUAUUUAUCAUAGAUUUGCAGCCACCAACUGCUUUCCUAGUAGCUUUCUUCCCUUUUAUCCUAACCUUACCACCCACACACAAUAAUCUAUCAGGGUUUAAAUCAGACAACCUGUUCUGCAUUCAGCGUCACAAAAUAGUAUCAGAAACACUCAAACUUUUGAAUAUUUAUUUGUAUAAAGUGUGAAGGAUUCAAGUUCCAUACAGAUUUCUCUGUCUUUGUGUAGUUUCAGUUUUCCGUGCUUAUGCAAAAGCCUCACAUUGUUUGGUUGCAGAUAGGCCUUGAUUCAGUUUUCUGGCUCCAGCAAAGAACAUGCUUACAUGUUAAGCAUGCAUAUUACCAGUUGUUCACUGUCCCAGAGUCCUAAAAAAAAAGUUCCUUUGAGAAAAAGCUGUUUUCUGUCAAACCCUGUUGGGCAGCUGUAGUACUUUGAUUCAUUAGUGUUAUUACUGUAGACUGUGUAGCCCUUUUCUCCUAAGGAUAUGAAUAAAAGCACUCUUAAUGCUUGAAACUGCAUUGGACAUCUGUUUCUCGAAAAGACUAUUAGCUCAGUUCAUAAGCAGCCAUUAAAUCAGUUCGUAUGCAUUAAACAAAAGAACAUGUAAAUUAAUCUUUGGAAACAUGACUAAUCAUUUCGACCAUAGGUAACAUAAUACUCUUGAUUACUGCUUGGAAAAAUGAGGCGUGUAUGAAUACGAGUGUACUUUACAGUGGCGCAUUAUUUAUUUCUUAGGACCCAUCAGGCUCGUAGGUGCUGCUCAGACAGACGGAAUGACAAGGCUCCUGGUCUCCUGAACCGUGCAGAUUCAGUCUUGUUGGAUACGACGAGCUGUUACCCAUAGGGAACGUUUAGAUGUCAGACUAAACACUGCUGCUGUUCAGACCUCAGUGGGCUGGAAGCUCCAUAUGUCAAAGAUCAGUGACACUUACGGAGUUUUGCUUCAUUCGCUACUUAAUUUCUUGAUGUAAUAAGUUCUGGGGCCGAGUCUUUAAUUGUCCCUGGCAAUUAGCUAUGCUCUUCUGUGAGGUACCAGGGUAGUAUCUUCAUUUUACAGAUGAGGACAGAGGAGUUAUUUGCCACAGUUGCAGUGAGUUGCAGUUGCAUGGUUGGGGUAGGAGAAUUUUUGACCUUUUCCACCCCUCAGGGGUCCUCUUGAUCACACAGCAUUGCUGAAGGUCAUGUUUUUCUGCCCCUUGGCUGACUCAGACCGUUCUCUGCUCCUGUGAGCUGAGGCAUGGAGUAGAAACCUAGAGCUAGCACACUGCAUUACUGCUCAUGUUGAGGCUAAAAUUAUGAGUAAUUGCUACGUUUUGUUGUGCCAGUAUUCAAGUGAUGUCCAUGCGCAUCCCGAGUGUCUGCGGGUGAGGCUUGAGUGGUGGAAAAAGGUCUCCCAAGGCUGUUACUUUGACAAGGCUUUUCUAGCACCUCUCCACUGUUUAUUGCUUUCCCUUUUCUCAAGAAGGAUAAAGCGAUGUGGUUCAACUUGUCUGAUUCCCAUGUUUUCCCAGAUAACUCUGUAUGUGCUGGUCUCCUCAUGCACAGUGGUCAUUUGUCCAGUGACAGACAACAGAUGCCCCAGAGACCUCACAUCCCAUCUGCAUUCAAUUUCCGGGCAGAAGAACAGGUUGAGUCUAGGGAAACCUGAACAUAUGGUAACUCUGUGCCCAUGUGCUAAUUCCAUCCAGCCCUGAACAGUUCCCAGCUGUGCAGGGAAAUGAAGGCAGGUUCCUGGCAAACAGAGCAGGGAACAACCCUGCGGCAGGUGGGGCUGGCAGGACUGUCCUGGCUGUGACCUUCUGGUUCACUGCACCCUGAGCAUCUCAGGUUGUUGCCCUUCCCUUGUGGCAAGAGGGAGAAGUUGUGUCACUCCAGCAGUCCUGGGAUAACUCCAGACUGUCACACCGUGUGUCUGCUUUGGAACAUGUGAGCAACAGUGACACCACUUGCAGGAGUGGAGUCCACUGCUCGUGUAGUUCCUCUGAGUCGGUAAAUAGGGCGUGCUGAUCUUUCAGUCGCUGAAGUUGCGUUAAUGGACAUUAACAAGCUCCAUCUGAGCAGCAUUUCUGAGGAAGCUCUGGCAGUAAUGUCAAGAUGUAGGAUUUGCUUCGAGGCGAGUCUGCACUUUGCUUCUCCCAGUUGCGCUGGGGUUUGAUUGCUGCUUUGCUUGGGCGGAGGGAGCUCUUGUCUGUGUAGCUGGUUUCCUGUCUUCACUUCUUGGAGGCAAACUUUUACAUAAGGGGAGCAUUUCAGCGUUCUCCGAAACUGCCUGGUUCUGGCUAGACUUUCUGAUUCUGCAACCACUAAGCAGUAAGUUUCCAAUCCAGUCCUGCUUAUUUAGGCAUGCUCUCUCAUCGAGACACCAUUCAGUGGUGUUUUGCUGGAGUAAGGAAUGCUGAAUGGGGGGAGGCAAUAUACUUUAGGGAGUGUCUCUAAGAAUGAGGCUGAGUGCUGGGUGACAAGCCUGCGAACUAGGAAAGCAAAUGUCUGGAAAACCAGUGUCAGUAGAAGUGCAGAGCGGUCACCGUGCUAGUAACUUGCACUUCUGCAUAGCUUUCCCCAUCUAAGAAUCCAAAAGUGCUUUGCAAACAUUGACUUAAUCCUUGCAACACCCCUAUGUGGAAAAACGUCUCAGUUUUACAGACGGGGAACCUGAAGCAUAAAAAGAGUUGACUUUGCCCGUGAGUCUGCGGGGUGCCAGUGGCACAGCCUGAAUCUCUCAAUCCCAGCUCAGCUGCAGGUCUGGAACAGUCUGGCCCCUGCAAGCACUGCGAGUAGUUAUUAUGCAGCUUUCCGAAGGGAUAUGUGAGUGGCAAGAGGAUUGUUGCAACUGGCAUUGUCCUUGGAGGUCUUCUGUGCCAGGAACCACACACAGAACAUCUUCACCGUCUGGUUUAACCAGGCUGAUGAGCACCCAGGCCUGAGCACUCAAGCUAGCCUUGUCUCAGAGUGGCCACAGCAGGAGCUGUGGAACCGUGUCCUCCCCAUUCCUGCCUUUGCCUCUGUGCGUCUGUGACGUGUCCCGUGACUCUGUGUGCCAAGACGCUCAGGGCUCUUUCCCACAACUGCUGGUUUGCCCUUCAGGGGAAACUGUGGGAAAGGCACUGGAAGAUUGCUGGCACUUAAGCCAUCUUUGACCAUAUCUUCGUUAGGGAGUGAGGAGGUCUGAAACAGCAACAGUUGAGAAGGGAAGAAAGGAGGAAAAAAAAGCCGUCCAGCCUUCCUUUCCAAGCUGUGUAAGCUUGUGCUAAUGGUUUGCAUUUACUAACUCAGUGCUGGGAUUUGUACCAAGGAAGCAAGAAUCAGUGACUGUAACUCAGGUCAGUGAGGAAGUGGGCACUCACUCCUAUAGAGAGCCCCUGCUGUGUACUUUGCGAUUUCGGUACCUGAGUAACUUGGAAACAUAGAAAAAUUAUUUUCCAUGUCAGUGACAGAGUUUGGAAGAGAACAGAGGCCUCCUCCUGUGACAGAUCCAUGAGAUCAAGUGCUCUGAUCAUAAAGCGAAACACAAAUGCAAGAAUAAACAAACCUUUCUUAAUCCAAUCAACCUGGUUAUUCUUGAACCCAAUAAAAUAAGUGCCAGUGGGGUUGCUUGAGAAGAGGUUGCUAUAAACAUGACUUGUAAGGAGGGGGCACACAAACUUUGUGCAACCUAGUGAUUGCAUUGGCAGUUUUCCAGGAUCCCCAUGGGCUGCUGCUAAUUGGCAUAAAAUUAGGCAGGUUGCAGCCACCCUCUUCUUGAAUACAAAGAGAGGGCCCCCGGGAGGCUACAAGUUCCAGCGUGUGGCCGCUGGCAUCAAGGAGGAGCACAGCACACUGGGACCUGUAGUCUCCUCUGGCCCUUUCUUCCUGCUGACAGGGUUCUGUGGAAGCUGCAGGCCACAUGGGACCCCCUUGCAAUGGUUUGACCACCCCUCUUUCUCUCUCAAAAAAAAAAGAAUUUAAUGUGGCUUUGGUUCAGUUCAUGGACUGUUAAUCAGCAUUCACAAGUUUUAAAAAUACAAAAAAACAACAAACAGCAUUUCCUCCCUCUCUCUUCCACCCAGAAGCAGACUACUGGUAGAAACCAAAGCUGGAAAAAAUAGUUGAAAGUCAGAUAAAGUCACCUUGGUAACUGCAGAAAUACACUUGCCCAGAACAGGAGACAUCAAACCCAACUACAAACAGCUUUAAAGAAACAAAAAGAAUGUAAUCAUCUAAAGAAUUAAUCUGACAACUGCCCACGUUUACACCUCCCACAAGCUCCCAAUCAGAGGGAAAUGCGCUUUAAUCUCCUCCAGCUCCCCUCCAGUUUCACAAAACACGAGAUGUGCAGUCCUUAAACUGGGGCAUUUCCGGCACGCUGCUUCCAUUUAAAUCCACUGCCUUUCCUAAUGCAGCAGCCCUGGCUUUUGCAGACUUGUUUUUUCUGGACACUGAGAAACGUGAUAUUUUUUGUGGGGGUUGGAUGAAGUAUUAAAUCUGGAAUAGACAAAGUUUGCAACAUUUUACGUGAUAGGCAGCUAGGCCUUAGUCAUAACAAAUAAAACUCCACUGGCUUUUGCUGCUGAUUUAUUUGGUGAUGGGGUAGAGAAAGCAAAGGCUUAUGGGUAACUGACAGUCAUAAAACCAGGGAUGUUAGUGUUAGAAAGCAAACUUUUUCUACAUUUUUCUGAGGCUGAAAACUACAAGCUGUGGAUGGCAGCAUGUGUUACAACAGGAACUUGUUAUUAAUAACAACCUAGAAGUCUGCUGACCCUUCAUCUGGGCCAUCACCCUUCGGAAGGGUCAGCGUAAGGAUUUUCCAUUCCCAAAGGGAGAAUUUUAAUGGGUCUUGACAUGUUCCAGAGUCUGGAAGUGAUGACACUCUGGCCUUGUGUCAUGUGCAUGCCACAACAUGUCCAGAAGUGCCCCCCAAAAAGUGCUCUGGUUUAGAAAGGUACAGCUUCCUUAGAAGGUUGUUUGGUUUCUGCUGUUGGAGUUUCGCCUUAACUUUAAAUAGCUGAAAUUGUGUGAGGUCUACUAAAGUGAAACAAGAAACACAGAGACCGUGACUAUUUUGGAAAAGUUCUGUGGAAAGGAUUAAUAAUUUUGUACCAUUCAAAGUAUUAACUACCAUUUUGCUUCACUCCUCCACCUUUUUGACAGAAGGGCUGGUUACUUAUUAAUGUGAAGUCAUAAUUAUUGACAGCCUUAAAGUCAUGACAGUUCCGUUUGAUAGUUACACAUUAGUCAACAUCUUCUCUUGAGCCUGUAAUGACAAACAGCAUUCGCUGUUUUUAAUAAGACUUAGAAAGCUUUGCCCCUUCUCUCCAGAAUAUUGUCGUCAUUCCUGUUAUUGCAUUAGCAACCGGAGGCUGUUUCCCCUCCGGACCACAGCCCCAUUGUGCUGGUAGCUGUACUGGCUAGCAUGCUGGAAACCUAAAAACCCACCUCAGCUCAAGGGGUUUGGAGCCCAGGGAUACGGGCAUCAGUCCUGGGGCUGUCUGUCCUUCCAAAGCAUGAACCCGCAGCAGCGGUUGCCUGGGAGGGAGGCUGUGUUAUGGGACAUGCCCAGUGCCCUUAGGCAGUCCAGGUGAGAAGGGCACAGUCUCUUGUCUGUAGCAAUAAUAUUUGCUGUAAAACUCCUGAUCUGCUCCAGGGUGUGUAAACUCUGCAGCUGCAUUUAAUGAGUCCAAGCUUAUGGCCCGCUUGAAAAUCAUGCGUUGCUAAUGGCUGACACUUUUGGUAGGGAUUGAUAAAUGAAUGAUUGGAAGCGGUAGACCACAGGCUUGACUUUCCCACAUUUGACUGUGUAUAUAAGAUCUGAUAAGGAAGUUGAGGUAAAGCUUAGCUUAAGGUCAACUGAUCAUUAAUCAACUGUAACUGCACUUUCAGGUAAUCAGCCUGCAAAAUGCUGGCCCACUCCACUCUUUGAAGACCCCACCUACAAAGAGCUGUAAAAUGUUUGCUGAAGUAGAUUAAACACAGCUUUAAGUGCCACCUAGAGACUACAAAGCACGUUGUGUCUUUGCUUCGGGGUUAACCCGCCAGACUGACACUCUGCUAACUGUCAGUCCAUCAGCCCACCCCAUGCAUAAGCUCUCUCCUGACCUACUGUGUCCUUGCUGGGUCCAUUGUUGGUUUUGUGUGGUGUCGAGACAGAACAUGGGACACGUUUUACAGCUUUUAUCUUGUAGGAAGCUGAGCUGCUCUGAUUUCCUUUUUCCUGCGUGUCUCGGAUCCGGCCGUGCAGAGUAUUUGCAGGAAGGUGCUGCAAGGUAUCAGUUUUAGCUUGUAUCCUCAGUUCAGAGCAGGCAGCUCAGCAGCCUGGGGGGAAGGCUCACCUGGGACUAGGUGACCUGGCAGAGCCAACAGGCUGAUCUGCUUUGGAAGCCACACUGAACUGUGUUACUAUGUGUUUGGUAGAUGGGAGUAAUUUUGGGACAGCACCCAAACGUAAAAUCAAGUAGAUGUGUGAUCUAAGUCAGCUCAUGAGGGUCAAACUGUUUCUUUACAAUCAUUUCCAGAUGUAUGUUAAAGGUGGCUCCACUUGGAUGGAGGAAGGAACAGUGCUCCGAAACAGACUUUUGGUCUGUCUGGCAUGAUGGAACCACGUUGCCCUGUGGUAUCUCACAGUUCACCCCUGCUUUCCCUGUCCCCUCCUCUGGUGAUUCUGUACCAUAGAAACUAUCUUAAUAAAGUGUCUACUUAAAGUCACAUGGAACACCAGGUGGCAAAAUAUGAAUAAUGUAUCAGACAUGUCACAUCAGUCCAUGUCAUCCGCAGAAAUCAUAAACCCCCUGUCCUUCAUUCUUUUCUCUGGACUAUCAAAUAAAGGAUCACACUGAUGCUCUUUGAACAUAUAAAGUGUUUAUGGUCAAGUAUUUUGAGAUAUACCUGUUUUAUUAUCUGGAGGAUUCUAUCUGACAAAGUUCAUAAUCAUGUAACAAACUAACCUUUAGCUAUAGCUUCACAAUAUGUGAGUCUUGCAGAAAUGAAUAGGAAAGCAAAGCUGCAUUGUCUUAAAGCAGCCUCACUUGCAAGGGAAAUCAGUUGUGGAUGUCCUACUCAUCACGUGUAGAGUCCAUCUUCUCACUGUUGCACUUGAUGCUGGUGGAAGCAGAGGGUUCUCAAAACCUUUUCGUUGAACUGUGCAAAUAAUUUCUUUGGAGACAAUUGUAGGGAUUCCUGAGACCUCAAAGAUCAGCAAGGGUACAAGGGACUGGACAAGUCUUUCCUGAAGAGUACCGCCAAAAAAUCCUGAUGAUAAAGGAAAAGCAGGAGGGAGGGCAUGCCUGCUCAUUCUUCCAAGCCAUUUUCUAGGGGCUUAGGGUUUUGGAGAGUGUAGUUUUGCUCCAGUUCUUCCCAGAAAUUGUAUUUCUUGUAUGCUGGGAAGAGAUGCACCAUGUGCAUGCACCAACUCAGAUCCUGUGUCAUUAAAUCAAGGUCAAGAGCUGCGUGCUGGGACUAGUAGGCUGAGGGAAACUAUGUCUCUGUAGGGACAAUGAAAACUCAGAUGCGUCUUGGUAACAGUUUCCUCCUGUGUCCUUCAAUAUUUGCACAAUCACCCUGAAAAGCAGCAGAAAUAGCACACAGCACUGGGAUCCUAAAUAUG